AUGUUCAAAAGGCACAAGUCCCUGGAGCGCAAGAGGGAAUUUUUAUUCCAGGGACUUCCACAGUCCACAAUGAAGAAUAAUACAAGAAAUUUCCACUCUCUCUCACAACUUGUACUCUCAGCAGGCCCGCUAAAGACAACCCGAGCACUCAAACUUUCUAAAACAACUCACUUUGAGAUUGAAAUACUGGAUGCUCAUACAAGAAAACAGAUAUGUGUUGUGGAUAAGGUACCUCAAACAUCAACUAUCCAUGAUGUCAAACAAAAAUUUCACAAAGUGUGUCCAAAGUGGUACCCUUCCCGAGUUGGCCUGCAACUAGAAUAUGGUGGCCCCUUUUUGAAGGACUAUGUCACGAUUCAAAGUGUUGCAGCUUCCUCAAUUAUCACACUCUAUUUUACAGACUUAGGUCGACAAGUCAGUUGGACCACAUUACACGGGUCUGAGCAGUUAUCAGAGAUUUUUCAAACAUUUUACCUGAUUCAAAAGCAGGUGAUCUCAAAACAACUGAAGGCCCAGCAAGUAGGAGGGAUUUUUGCCUGCUUGGCUUGCUUCUGCCAUUGUAUCCACUACAUCCGACACCUUCUGGAGACGUUAUUUGUCCAUAAAGUUUCUGCAGGACACAGUCCUACAAAAAACUUGAUAAAGGGAUGUGCAUUUUAUUGGGGAUUUACUUCUUGGAUUGCUUAUUAUAUUAAUCACCCAAGAUAUACACCACCAUCAUUUGGAAACAGACAAAUAAUAGUAUCUGCUAUCAAUUUCCUGAUUUGUGAAGCUGGAAAUCAUUUUAUCAAUACAGUGUUGGCUCAUCCAAACCACACAGGUAGCAAUGCCUGUUUCCCAAGUCCAAAUUGUAACCCCUUUACAUGGCUGUUUUUCCUGGUUUCCUGUCCUAACUACACCUAUGAGAUUGGAUCCUGGAUUAGUUUCACAGUAAUGACACAAACACUUCCAGUUGGUAUUUUUACAGUUUUAAUGAGCAUCCAGAUGUCUUUGUGGGCCCGAAAGAAGCAUCAGAUAUAUCAGAAGAAAUUCAACUCAUGUGUGCACAGGAAAUCAGCAAUAAUUCCAUUCAUAUUAUAA